AUGCAUAGAAAGGGCAAAUGGCGUCUUAAGUUUAUCGUUAGGAAGUGGUUACAAACAAAUGACACAAUACAUUGGUCAGAAGGUUUAUUGCCUGUAGUUUACGGCUUCAAUACAAGAACAUUUGACACUACUAAAGCCACGCCCCGCGAAAUCAUGCUUGGUCAACAUCCUCGAGGUGAUUCUAAAUUUUGGAAAAUUGUAAAAGAUCAAGAUAUUGUUGAUGAAGAACAUUUACCUUCAUCGAUUGAAAAUAUUCAGGAGGAUGUUGAUAGAGGAUGUUGA